GUCCUGCUGUGCCAGCCGGGGUCGUGCAACCUCAAUUCUCUCUACCAUCUAUCUUUUUUUUCUUCACUAACCAUUCAAGAAAAUGGUUUUUGUGGAUUAACAAUUUUUUGUUACAAUGGAAGGAAACUACUAGUAUAUAUAAAUAUCUUUUUUACUUGUUUUUUUUUCUCCUGGUGCAUGACAGGGAUUCCCUUGACAAGAUGCUUAACUUUCUCCUCCGUUUCAUGUCUCCAGUGGUGAUUUUUGCUGUGCUUGCUGCUCUAACAAAGGAUGUUGAAAGCCAGCAGAUUCCAAAAGGUACCGAGACGUCUACCCCGCCACCUGUUUAUCCUGCAGUCAGAUUUCACGUCCUCAAUGUUGAUCAUAUGGUUCUGAGGCAGGACAGUUCUCAGAGGAACUCCAGCCUGAAGGCUCACACACAGACAUUCUUCAUCACUGAUCCAAGCCCAGGUUUACUCCAGCCAGUUCUUAAUGCCUCAUAUGGUCCACUCAGUGUGGAUGCCCCCAUUCCACCAGAGUUGCUCCUCAGCGGCCGUAGGAUUGUGCCUCUCAUUUUAGGCCGCCAGGUGCGAUCCUCGUCCCCGGCCGUCAAGAUCCUCUUCCACAUGCCUCGCGAAGGUGAUGGCGCUCAAGAAAAGAUGGCGGAUGGAGCUCAUUGUGUGACAGCUUACGCCUUCUGGGGAACGAGGGAGGUCCGUGGGGCAUGCCUGGUAUCUCCGGGUAGGUUCUGCGUGGCGGAGCUAAAGCCUGAACCGGCCUGGUUCAGCUCGUCCACUCGACCCGGCAGCUCCAGCAAAGAGACCGGGCGAACAGAAGCCGUAAAGGGGCUUCAGGGCAAUCUUGUGGAGGUCUACUUCCAAAGUCGGAUGGACCAGACAGGCCAGUGUACGCCACAGGAUAGUCUGCAACGAGUUGGAGUUGGGAGAGCGGGGGUCAAGGAAGAGUCCGGAACACCCAUGAGAAGAAUAGGAAGUGUUAACCUGCUUAAAACGCCACCUGGAAAUCCAACCUUUUUUCGUCUAAGGUUAGGGGGUGUCUUGGUCAUCCAGACUUCCUCCAAGCCCCUGAAGACUGAUAAUAUUGUGACUUUUUAUGUCUUCUUGGCAAGUACCUCUACAUUGGAGAGUUUCACACUUAGGGGGACAGUCAAUCCAGGAUUGUCGUUCAGCGCCGUGCGGCCCAGUGCCUCGAUGCUGUGGGACGUCAAGGCAGAGCCCGGCAGAGUCAUCAUCCCCAACACUGUCUCUGUUGUUUGCCAGAAGAAGGUUGCAGGCACAGCAAAGAGGGGUCUUGUUGAAGUUCUCCAGUUGGACUUUGUGCCAAAAGAUGUCUCAGAGUUGGUUGAGACCCACACAAUCUCCUGGAGACUGGACCAGCCGGGGAACGUCAGGGAUGUGGGCCAGAUGCGGAUCUACACCACUCGGAGAGACUUUGUAGGACUGGCCCCUCUGGUCAUGAGCACAGAUAUGUUGAAUACUGCCAUGUUAACAGGCAAAGUGGUGAAAGUGCCUGUGAAAACGUUGGCUGUGGAGGCCAAUGGCUCCAUCACUGACGUAAGCAGCCUGACGAGCUGCAGGUCCACUGAUAAAGAGGUGAUUAAGGUGUCCGAGCGCUGCGACUACGUGUUUGUCACGGGCAAGGAGUCAAGAGGCAAGAGCCGAGUGAUGAUCAACUUCACUUACGGCUUCCUGAGCGCGCAGCUGGAGAUGAGCGUGUGGAUGCCCCGCCUGCCGCUGCGCAUCGACGUGGCCGACCCUGAGCUCAACCAAAUCAAGGGCUGGAGAGUGCCCAUUACCACAAGCAACCGAAAACCCACUUGGAAUAGCGAAGAGGAGGAGGAGAUGCGGAAGGGGAGGGGUUGCAUGCUGCAGUAUCAGCACUCCACACUCAGGGUGCUUACACACUUCGAGGCCGACUCAGAUGCACUGCCAGACUUGCUAACCGGGGCAAACCCUGUUGAUUAUUUCCUGGGUCCUGAUUGGCAGGUCGACGUGACCAAUCUAGUGCGCCAUUCUCUAAAAGUGGCAGACCCAGAUGUGGCCAGCGUUAAGGAUGGAGAGGUGCUGCAGGGGCGAGCUGUGGGCACUACCACUGUUCAGGUGCUCUCCCCACUCACAUCAUCAGUCCUAGCCGAGAAGGCCGUCACAGUGGUGGAUGAUAAAGUGAGUGUGAUGGAGUUGGGGGUUCAGUUGGUGUCUGGACUUUCGCUGUCCCUGCAGCCCAGCCCAGGGAGCAACACUGCCAUUGUUGCCAUGGCAACUACUCGGGAGACAAUCACGCAGCUCAAACAGGAAGCCACUGUCAUCUGCUGGGUCCAAUUUAGCGACGGCGCCAUAGUCCCUCUGGCAAUCUUCGACGGCAGUAUCUACUCCUUAACAGUCUCCACCCCAGAUGAGGCCGUGGCUACUGUUCGCCGCACUCCGCAGUCCACGUUUGUAGUGGCGCAAAGCGAAGGCCAGGGUCAGGGGGCGCUAGUCAGAGUGGAGCUGAGGAUCUGCGAGGAAUGCCAGAAGUCGAAGAGGAAGAGCAAGCUGGUUGUCGGCACAGGGUUCCUUCGGAUGAAUUUCAAGGUUGCCGGUCGAGGUUUUGGAGGAAACAACGGACUUGGUAGAGAGAAAAAUAGAGAUAAUAAUGGAAGUGCUUCAGAAGUGGCAGGAGAGGUUAAAACAACAGUGACGUCACAGCGUUUUGUCACAGAUGCAGAUAAAGCUCUCUUAAGGACAGUACCAGACACUAGCACCUUGACCACACUCGUAACCGGAACUGUUCAGUCACGUGUUGCUUGGACUGGAUCAACCAACAAAGCAACACAAAGUUCUCAAUUCACGGGCACUCCCACUUCCACUAUUAGUGAAGAGAGAUCCCCAAGCACUGCCAGACCUACUGAUAUUACACCUGGAGUUUUUGAUAAAGAAGAAGGACAGAAGAGAGGCUUUGGCAAUAUGCUCGACAAUCCAAAUUCACCCCCAAAUAAAGGCAUCCCUAAAGCAGAUGUUUCAGCCAAGAAAGAACCUCCUAAAGCCAAAUCCCCCAAAGUCAUUGAAAGCGACCUAAUACGUACAUUUCGAUCCAUGUCCGACUUGGAAAUAGGCAUAUAUUCUUUAGUGGCUGUCUUGUGUAUCGCCAUCUUGGGGUUUUUGCUUAACUGCGCUUCAUAUAGACUCUGUUUUCGCAAUCACAAGAGCCCUACGCAAGCAGGGCCGACACCUAGCGAGGAUCCAAAGGCUCAUAAGCACGACUGGGUGUGGCUAGGGAGUAACAAUCAGCACCCCGUGGCCCCGGGUGCACCUGCUCAAGUCUCAACGCUGACCCGCCGCUCUACUGACUCCAAGGGCCACCGCAGCACGGACAGCACUCUGCCCGCCGUGGGCCCCGUUGUCGCCGGGGUUCCUGAAAGAACUGCCACCUUGGGGCGCACCAGAACGGGCUCCCAGCAGCAGCUGCACAGAAAGGUCGCCGACCCCAUGGCGAACCGUUCGACCACCUUGCUGGCGAGGCCUCACCGCAGCGAGCCUCUCCACUCCCCCACCAGUAAGAGGAACCAGGUCCAGUUCACCACCUUCACCACGCUGGACAUCAAGCACUUGGCUGCGCUGAAGAACGGUGUGGACUUUAACUGGACUCACCAGCAGCAGCAGCUACAGCUCCAGCAGCAUGCGACCCCUGCUGAGCCACUAAUGCCAUUACCUGACAUGCCGUGGCCCGUCGUCAAACCACUCGGAGAGCCCCAGUGAAUUUUUGGGCUGUACAGACCAAAUCCACAGAAGAAAGUACAGUGUUAAUUCAUCCCUCCAUUUUUUAUAUCGCUUGUCAUUAGGGUCGAUCCCAGUCAUUCACAGCGCACGUAUAGACAAACAACCACUUACAUUCACACCAAAGGCCAAUUUAGAGUCAGUGAACAUACUGUAACAUGCAGGUUUUGUUUUUUUAAUGUUGGAGGAACUCUCGUAAGCACGGGGCGAACAUGCCUUGAACCUCACCAUUCUGAGGUAAAAAUGCUAACCAAUUGACCACCAGAAUGAAAUACAUGAUAUGAGAAAAGUAUGUAAAUACAGAAAGUAUUGGUGUACUAAAUAAAAGAUGACAAUCAUGACAGUGUAUAUACUCUACCUGUAAUCAGGAUCUGUAAAUAUGAAAACUUUUAUUUAUUUCUUUAAUUCUAGCCCAAAAACUUUCUCUUAAAAUGAAACACUUAUACGUAUAAUGCAAAUAAAUCCGGGCAGAUGCAGUAUAGGAGAGAGUAUUUUUUUUGUAAUUUAUUGUUUCUUUAGCCUUGUUUUUAGACUCCUCUGAACUCCUGCGGACUUUGUGGAAUUGGUCAGAGAAUAUGCAACAUUUGUGAUAUUAAUUUUAGCGAUCGGUCACAGCAGCAUCCACUUUAUAUUUAUGGAAAUGAAAGUAUGUUAUGCAAAUAUAAUCUUUGCAGAGUUUUGUUGUUGGUAAUGGUUAUUGUUUAACCUUCUUUUCUCUAGAAUAAAAACGAUGUAUAUUCAGCAGCUUUUACAUUUACAUGAAUAUAUCACGAUGCCUUUUAUAUGCAGCAUCCCAUUAUUUUGAAAAAAAAAAAAAUUGCAUGCUUCCUUGGAGAGAUUGCCA